UAACGAUACUGACAAUCUCAGAGCAGAUACAAGUUGUAAAUAUGCCCGAUAUCCUGAUAUCCUCUAGAUACGGCUAUCGAGGUAUUAUUUAUUUCCAAUGCGUGCUGAGACUUAUGUACAUAUAUCUGAGAGUUAAAUGUGACGCAAUACAGAUGUGAAUAUGCAAAAGUGCCAUAAAAUACAUACAUAUGUACAUGCCAUACCAUGUAUACAUUUAAAUGUGUGGAUGCAAGUACUUAUAAGAAUAUUUAGGUAUGAUAACGCAACGAUCCUAGUCAAAGAAGGGAAACUCUUCACAAUAAUUUAUGAAAGUCUACCCUUCAGGUUGUAGAUUGCAUAGGAUGUCAGGAAAGCGAAAAUCGCACCCAAAUAAAUUUGAUGGCCAGCCCAAGGAAAGCGUUAAAGGAUCGGAAUUUAUACAGACUGAACUGCCGCGGCCGUGUGGUAUCUCAGAAAAUAGCUCAUUGACCGUAGGUAAUAUGCAGCAUCUCUUCAAAAAUAAUAGAAACGAUGGAUCUGGAACAAUCGUUACCAUAAGGGAUAUGGAUACGGAAAUGCACUCGAUUAUGGUCUCAACAAGUGAUUACGAAAAUACUGACCAGGAUACCACUUCAAGGAGCUCCAGUACAACGGACAGCUCGACCGAGCAAGAUGUCAAUGGAAGAAGCACCCAUUCAACUCGAUUUAUGUUAGCAAAGAAGUCGGAUUCUUGCGCAAGAUACACUAAGAAGGUGAAGAAGGCUCGUCUGAGGAACGGAACUGACAGUGCGGGAAUCAUUAUUUGCCGCAAAGAGCAAAUUAACGUUUCAAACGGCUCAGACACUGUUGAUGCUCACCUAAGGGAUGAAGGUGAAGGAGGGGGCACCAGCUUCAACCAGCGUCUUGAAGAUCCGAUGCGAAAAGACGAUGAGGUCGCUGCACCACAGCAUAGGAAAGUGAUUAAGCAAGAACAUCUUUCUAAUGUCGAGGCUGAUAUUGAGGCUAGCCCUGCGUCAGAGUUGUUGAAUCCUGCCCAACAAAAAGAAGCUAUGGAGAUGGAAAAGUUAAAAACAAUUUCACCGAGCCCAGAAGCUAUAUCAGGAGAAAGAGGUCUGCCUACGUCCUCAACAGCAACAUCAUUUUUUUCAAUUUAUGGAAGAGAUACUUCUUCGGAAUACUCGGUUAUACCCAAGCCAAGUUUUUUACAAAGAGAACAAUCUGUGCCGUCUGGUUACAUCCGCGAGGAUGGCACAUAUGAAAAGGAUCCUACUGUCUCCGUAAUGAUACGACAACUUCAAUUAAUUAGAAGUCGCUUGUUCACUCAGACUCAGUUCGACAGCAUGACUGACAUUGAUGCAAGUAUUCAGCAGCAGCAGCAACUCCAAAAUGUACAGAGGCUACAGCAAGAGAGCUGCCUGCAGGAGCUACAUCACCAGCUGAACGCACAGUUCGGGGCAGGACGUUUUGCUGUACCAAAUCAUCAUCAUCAGCAGCAAGCAGCUGCUGUUAGUACCGGCAACUUGGUACCGUUUCUUCCAGCUUUCCUGCGUCCACCAGUACCUGCACAACACUUGAUGCAACUCAUGCCUGGCCAUCCAAAUCCGCAGUCGCAGCACCAGAACAGUCACCAUGGACCAACGAGCGCACACAAAAUGGCCAUGCAACCAAUGUGGCCGACAGCAGCAGUGGCGGCGGCACACAUCCAGGCCGCUUUGGCGGCAGCGGCUGUGGCUGCCUCCAAUAAUAACAACCACAGUUCUAGCAACAAUAAUCUACUCGCACUGUCGGCAAGUGUCAAUAAGCCGGCGGAUGCCUCCGGUACACUGGCAACGCUUGAGAUUGGAGCUUUGAGAGCAAGCUGCAAGUCAAGGCCAGAGUCUCCCGCUCAGGAGAGCCAUAGCUAUUCAAUGCUUUCGUACAGCCAUACACCACCAGAGUCACCCCAUGGUCGAACAGCCUUAGUCCAGAGUCACAGUGUUCCAGAAGAAUGCACUCUAACCUUUCCAUCCUCGCCGGCCGAUCAUAGUGUGGCAAGUCUUUCGGACUCAGUUCAAGACUCCGAAAUGGAGGUCCCAUUGAACCUAACCAAGCCGAAAGGAUCGCCCAGCUCUUCUCCAACCAGCUGUUGCCCCAGAGAUCAGCGUGAAAGUCUUACUCCCGUAGUAUCCAGUCCGCCAUUGGGCUGGCAUCAUGCAGCCCAACAGCACUACACAGACAUGGAAGCGCCACUUGUAAAAGCUCGUGGCCAAAUAUGGAAUUCCGCUGGCGUAACGGGCGAUGCAUGUCCAACAUUGUGCCCCACUGGUAUUGGAGUUGGCGGAUCACGGGCGGCGCGGAUCAGUCGCGACUCCACAAACAGUUGCGGGACGAACUCGGAAAUUUCCGCGACGCUGGACCCAGACGGUUAUAAAAAAAAUCAAGUUAGCCCAGGUGCUCAGCAGCCGUCAUCAACACAUCCGCAGAGACAUGGUAAUGGACAUGGGCAUGGCCAUGGUCACAGUCAUGGCCACGGCAAGCCGCAUAUCAAAAGGCCAAUGAACGCAUUCAUGGUAUGGGCAAAAGAUGAGCGUAGAAAGAUUUUGAAAGCCUGCCCGGAUAUGCACAAUUCAAAUAUAUCUAAAAUUUUGGGAGCCCGCUGGAAGGCUAUGUCGAAUGCUGAUAAACAACCAUACUAUGAGGAGCAAUCGCGUCUCUCGAAGCUCCAUAUGGAGCAGCAUCCAGACUACCGCUACCGGCCGCGUCCGAAACGCACAUGUAUCGUGGACGGAAAGAAGAUGCGUAUAUCAGAGUAUAAAGUAUUGAUGCGCAAUCGCCGAGCAGAGAUGAGGCAGCUCUGGUGCCGCACUGGUGGCGCAAGUACUGGGGGUCCUGGAGGCACCUCUGCUGACUCCUGCUUAAAUGGACAGGAUGGUCCACCUCAUGUGCAUUCUGCGGCUGCAGCCGCUGUCUAUCAUUUGCAGGACAUGACACAAGCUGCAGCAGCGGCCGCUGCGGCUGCAGCUCAUGGUGAUGACUGUGGAACUCCUCCUUCACAACCGUUGGGCUGUGCGACUACUGGCACUUUCUAUUAUCCAGCAGAAAGCUUAUCGCCCUCUGGUUUUUCAUCAGAGGAAAUGGAGAUUCAAUCGCAGCGGGAAUUAGACGACUAAGGUGGAAAAGCUGGUUUGAAGUACAUACCUUUAUGUACGAAUAUAAGAGGGAUGAUAAUGCAGCUCGCAUUAGGCUUGUAAAUAGAAAAAAUGUUAGGAUAGUCCUUGUAUAGUCAUAUAAGUUUCAGUUCAAGUGCCAUUACAUAUGUAUAUGUUAAAUAGUUAUUAAUAAUUCAUUUGUGAAUCAAUUGUUCGCAGAAUGCUCCGACUGAGGCGGAACCAGCAGAGCAUUCAUGGGAACGUUGCAAUUUUUGUGCCAUUCAUGCACCAAUGCCGUAGCUAUAGCAAAAUAUCCCAAUUCAAGAGUACAUACAUAAAUUAGUAACGUUUAAUAUUUGUAAAAUAUGAAUAUUAUAAAUACACACAUGCGUAGUCCAUAAACACAAGACAUAUGUACAUACAUACAUAUGCAUGUAUGUUUAUACAAAUUUUGUAUGAUGUUACUCCAGCAUCGAAGAUUAAAAGCCCUCAUGCGUAGGCACACAUACAAAACAUCACAAUAUACAUACAUACAUACAUAUACACCUAGCCGUACGUUAACAGUCACGUUGUUAAUAUCAUAUGCUCUACAUACAUACAUACAUACAUAUAUACUACAUACAAACAAACUCGUAUGUACGAGUAUACGCCAUAAUCACGCAUAAGUAUUCCUAUUUUGUAUCGGUACUAAGAUGGGCUCAAGGUUUUCAUUAUGAUACAUAUAUGUAUGUACACAUACAUAUACAUAUGUAUAUGCAUACAUACAUUUGUAAGAUUGUUUACCGUUCAAUGUGCGUAUGGUUGAUUUUCUAAGAUGCUAUUUUAACUAAUCAAUAUACCAAGAACAUAC